AUGUUAUUAUUAUUCAUUACUUUGUGUUCUGCAGUUUCUUUAACUGAACUUGGUUAUUGGAAUGGUGUAAAAAGAGUUAGAAGAGAAUUCCCUUAUCUCGAAAAUAAUGUAUAUCUUGACUACACAGCCAGUGGACUUCAUCAGGUGUCACAAUUAAAAGACUUCUAUUAUGAUGUUUCAAAAAAAUUGUAUGGCAAUGCUCAUAGUAUUUCUCCAUCAUCAAUAAACACCGAUACCGUAGUUAAACAAAUGAGAAAAAGAAUAUUAAAAUAUUUCAAUGCAAAUCCAAAAGAAUAUGACGUUAUAUUUACUAGUGGUGCCACUGAGGCAUUAAAAAUUGUUGGAGAAAAUUUCCCAUUUACUCCAGCAAGUGUUUUUUUAUAUCUCUUACAAAAUCAUAACAGCGUAUUAGGAAUUAGAGAAUAUGCUAGUAACGCUAAUGCUACAUGGGGAUAUUUCACAGAAGAAGAUCCAGAACAACAAUGGAGAAGUGUAUUAGACAAAUUAAAUAAAUUACAAACUACUAACGUUACCCAUCACUUAAUUGCUUUCCCAGGAGAAGAUAAUUUUAAUGGUGCAAAAUUCCCAUUAGAUUGGAUUUGUAAAAUUAAUUCCUUAUCAAAUAAUAAACAUAAAUUCCAUGUAUUAUUAGAUGCUGCUGCUUUAGUUCCAAGUGCAAAACUUGAUUUAACUAAAUACCAUCCAGAUUUUGUCUCAAUUAGUUUUUAUAAGAUGUUUGGAUUCCCAACAGGAGUUGGGUGUUUAAUUGUUAAAAAAGAAGUUGCCAAAGAAUUAAAAAUUUCUUAUUUUGGUGGAGGAACUGUAGUUAUGGCUGCUGCUGAUAGAGAUUGGAAAGUAUUCCCAGAUUAUUUACCUCCAAAAUAUGAAGCUGGAACACUAAAUUUCCUUGGAAUUCUUGGACUAAAACAUGCUUUUAAUCAUUUCCCAAAUAUUGAUAUUAUUCAUAAACAUACAUAUGCUCUUACUCGUGUAUUAUUUACUGAAUUAAAUAAAUUAACAUAUUCUAAUGGUACUAAAGCAAUAGAAAUUUAUGGAAAUCAUAACCAUUCUACUUAUGAAAAUCAAGGCCCUAUCGUUACAUUUAAUAUUUUAAAUAGUAAAUAUAAAUAUAAUGGUGUAUUCCCUAAACAUGUUCCAUUAUUAACAGUAAAUGAGUUCUUAGCAAAAAAGAAUAUUCACGUUAGAGUUGGGUGUACUUGUAAUCCAGGAAGUUGCUUAAAUUCAUUAAAUGUUACUAGUCUUGCAGCAGCUGCUGUGACUAAUCCAAAUACUCCAGUUGAUACUACAUUAGAAGGAAAACAAUACGGUGCUAUUAGAGUAUCUAUUGGAUACCCAACAACAAUUGGUGAUAUUAGAAAAUUUAUUCGUGCUAUUAAAGAAUUUAUUAAAAUGGUUGAAUAA